GUGGAUCCGGAGCCUAGCCGGAGCUGGAGCCGCGGAGACGUGGAAACAUGGAAGCCUGAGCCAGCGUGAGCCACCCCGGCUGCUGCGGCGACCGCGGCUUCUUCUGUUCCGCUCUGCCACCCGCUCGUCUGCCCGCGAGCUGGAAUCGAUCUGCCCGCCGGCUGAGACAGGUUGUCUUGAGGAAAUGAAAGCUUAAGGACAAAUUAUCUACCAUUUUAGAAGAUGGGAUCAAACAGCAGUAGAAUUGGUGAUCUACCUAAAAAUGAGUACUUGAAAAAGUUAUCAGGUACAGAAUCUGUCUCUGAGAAUGACCCGUUCUGGAAUCAGCUUCUCUCAUUUUCUUUCCCUGCACCAACCAGCAGUACUGAGCUGAAGCUCUUGGAGGAGGCAACCAUUUCAGUCUGCAGGUCUUUAGUUGAAAACAAUCCUCGAACAGGAAACCUUGGUGCACUAAUUAAGGUCUUCCUUUCUAGAACCAAAGAGCUAAAACUUUCAGCAGAAUGUCAGAACCACAUCUUCAUUUGGCAGACACACAAUGCUUUGUUUAUUAUUUGCUGUUUGCUGAAAGUAUUCAUCUGUGAGAUGUCAGAGGAGGAAUUACAACUUCAUUUUACUUAUGAAGAAAAAUCUCCUGGCAGUUACAGUUCUGACUCAGAAGAUCUUUUGGAAGAAUUGCUCUGCUGUUUGAUGCAGUUAAUCACUGAUAUUCCACUCUUAGAUAUUACAUAUGAAAUAUCAGUAGAAGCUGUAUCCACAAUGGUUGUUUUCCUUUCCUGCCAACUCUUCCACAAAGAAGUUUUGCGACAGAGCAUCAGUCACAAAUAUUUGAUGCGAGGUCAAUGUCUUCCGUACACCAGCAAACUUGUGAAAACCUUAUUGUAUAACUUUAUCAGACAAGAAAAGCCGCCUCCUCCAGGAGCACAUCUUUUCCCUCAGCAGUCGGAUGGAGGAGGACUGCUUUAUGGACUUGCAUCAGGAGUAGCAACUGGACUCUGGACUGUCUUCACCCUGGGUGGUGUGGGCAGCAAAGCGACCUCCACUCCAGAACUUUCUUCCCCUCUGGGCAACCAGAGUCUUCUGCUUCUGUUGGUGCUGGCCAACCUGACAGAUGCCGCAGAUGCUCCCAACCCCUACAGACAGGCCAUUAUGUCCUUCAAGAAUACACAAGAUAGCAGUCCUUUCCCCUCAUCAAUUCCACACGCCUUCCAGAUUAACUUUAACAGUUUGUACACGGCCCUCUGUGAGCAGCAAACAUCUGAUCAAGCAACUCUCCUCUUGUAUACAUUGCUCCAUCAAAAUAGUAAUAUUAGGACGUACAUGUUGGCUCGCACAGAUAUGGAAAAUCUUGUUUUACCAAUUCUUGAGAUUCUGUAUCAUGUUGAAGAAAGGAAUUCGCACCAUGUGUAUAUGGCCCUUAUAAUAUUGCUGAUCCUUACAGAAGAUGAUGGCUUCAAUAGAUCCAUUCACGAAGUGAUAUUAAAAAAUAUUACUUGGUAUUCAGAACGGGUUUUAACUGAAAUUUCACUGGGAAGUCUCCUGAUACUGGUUGUAAUAAGAACCAUUCAGUACAACAUGACAAGGACAAGAGACAAGUACCUUCACACAAAUUGUUUGGCAGCUUUAGCAAAUAUGUCGGCACAGUUUCGUUCUCUCCAUCAGUAUGCUGCCCAGAGGAUCAUCAGUUAUACCUGCCGCCACUUGCGGAGAUAUGUUUAUGUGUUGGACAAACUGUGUUUCCCCCACUCUCACUGUUCUACGCUUCAGCAUUGCUUCUCGACCCUCAGUGACAAUGGAGAGGAGCUCUUGUCUCUAACUUGCUCUCACAUUCUCAGAUCCUAUGCUUCCAGUUUGUUUUCCUUACUGUCUAAAAAACACAACAAAGUUCUGGAACAAGCCACACAGUCCUUGAGAGGUUCGCUGAGUUCUAAUGAUGUUCCUCUACCAGAUUAUGCACAAGACCUAAAUGUUAUCGAAGAAGUGAUUCGAAUGAUGUUGGAGAUCAUCAAUUCCUGCCUGACAAAUUCUCUUCACCACAAUCCAAACUUGGUGUAUGCACUGCUUUACAAAAGAGAUCUCUUCGAACAAUUUCGAACUCAUCCUUCAUUUCAGGAUAUAAUGCAAAAUAUUGAUCUGGUGAUCACCUUCUUCAGCUCAAAGCUGCUACAAGCUGGAGCUGAGCUGUCUGUGGAACGGGUCUUGGAAAUCAUCAAGCAAGGGGUUGUUGCACUGCCCAAAGACAGGCUAAAGAAAUUUCCAGAAUUGAAAUUCAAAUAUGUGGAAGAGGAGCAGCCUGAGGAGUUUUUCAUCCCCUAUGUCUGGUCUCUGGUCUACAACUCAGCAGUCGGCCUCUACUGGAACCCACAGGACAUCCAGCUGUUCACGAUGGAUUCCGACUGAGGGUGGGGCGCCACCUCCCACCCUGUCCCCUGCCCAGUCCAGCAGCCCUUCUAGUUAUUUUCUUCCUGGGGAGCAGAAGUAGACAGAUUGCCUGGUGUAUCCUCUAUUAAAGAGGGUCACACAGGCGUGUUUCCCUUGCGCACUUGGAUUUGGAGAAUUGGUGCCAUUUGGCAGUAGAUCACUCAGCUUAGAUCAUAGUACAAAACGGGGGUGGGGGAGCACAUAACAAUAAUAAAUGCAAAAACCUGCUAUUCCACAUGCAGUUUUAUUUCUAAACCAAAAAUCUAGAGCUUUUCCAGGAACCUGAUGCCUUGGGCAUAUAAUACUUCACCAGUACAUACUUUUUUUUGCAUGUUCAAGAUUUUUGUCUUAGUCUAUUGUGUGUGUGUGUUUCUUUCACCAUUAAGAAAUUCCCAUCUGAAAAGAUGACAAGACAGGAAUCGGUAAGAAAAUGAAGUCGUGUAUGUGUAUGUAGCAGGGUUGCCUUUCAAAAAGCCACAAUUUAAUAACAUUGCCCAGGCAGCUGGAUAUGAGCCUUCAGAUUUCAGCAUCUUUAUGUCAAAGAAACACAUGCUCCUCAUGAAGCCCGGAUUAUCUUUUCUGUGGACUUGGCCUCUGAGCUGUAGCUGAAUUAAAUUGGAGUCUAGCACAAA